AUGCGCCGUGCGCGACAUAGGCUCGGGGUGCGGCGGUUCUCAGAUUGGACAAUCGCGACGUGGCGGCCGAAUACCGAGGCGGCGAGUCCUCUUCGAAGAUGCGGUACCGCCGCUGAGGGCACUGCACCUUCGGCCUCUACAACGCCCUCCUCCACGGCGCCCCCUCGCCUUCCGUCGUCGUCGUUGGCGGCCUCUCUGGCCGCACCCAAGAUCCUCUCCGAUGCUGCCGCCCUCUUCGACCACUACUUUAACGACGUGUCCACCACGCUCGACAUCGCUCCCAUCAAGCGGCCACAUGUCGUGGGUAGUCUCGUGUGCGCGUUGGAGGAGUAUCCAAUCAGCGUCAUCCUCGUGGAGCAGUGCUGCGGCACCUCUGCCGAGGCCGUGACCGAGAGUGUGCGGUGGAGGGCCAUCCAUAGCGCCCAGGGAAUGCGUGGGGUAUCGUGGAAGUCAACGAAGACGUUUCUCAUUCAUCACCUGUGCACUCCUCGGCCGAAUAUGGUCGAGCUGCUGGACGCGCUCGAUUUGACACUGCGAGUGCGGCUGCUGCGGCAGGACGACCUCGCUGCCACUGCUACUGAGGAGCAGGAGGGAACGCAUCGUGACGAGCGCGGCGGCGUCUCCGAUGCGUCGUCACGAACAACGAAGAAAUCGACUGGGCAGAGGUGGCGGUGCUCCGCUGAGCUGUACGAUACGUGGCACACACAGCCGCGCUUUACGCCUGUUGAGCCCGCAGCCGGUGGCGGCGAAGAGUCGGGGGGCGAUGAAGUGGGCGAGCUGCUGGAUGUGAUUGAGAGAGCUCUGACAAGGGUAGAGGCGAAGUUGCGGCAGCUGCACAUGCGAUACACGAGGGACAGCGUGGAGGAGGCCUGCAGGUUUGUCAAGGAAGCCGGCGGCGACUUCUGCGACACGCAGCUCACACUGCGUGGCCUGCGGGCGUGUAUGGAGAAGGACGACCAUGCGCCACACAAUGCGACUCGGCACUGCCCGUGGUGGGGCGAGGUGCGAGCACGCCGUUGCUGGUCUCUUCAGUGCAACGCGGACAUGAUCGUGAAGCAGUCAAAGGCCGUGGCGUUUCACCUCUGCCUUGCCUUCAAGCUGCACGCCAGCUGCAGCGGCGAGACCAAUGGCGAAAGUGGUGUGGCGGCCGUACUGCAGUCGUCUGAAGCACAUCGUGGGCUCGCUCAGCUUGUGGACAACAAGGCAGCGGAUGGCGUGUCCCGCCGCUACACAAACCCGGCGAGCGGCUCGGGGCUUCUACAAGACCUGUACACGGUAUCCGCCCUUUCACGCAUGCUGGCAAGUGGGCGCUUGUCCCCCGCUAAAGACUGGACGUGUGGACCGAUGGACUUGGCGGGUCACCUCGUGAGCGCGGCGGCCGUGCUUUCUCCGACGAUCGCCUACGACUGGAUUGGUGCCACUCGAGGCGGCAGCGAUUCACUUGCGCAAGAAACGCCAUGUAGGGCACAGGAGACGGUGUCCACUGCCGCGGAUGCGGGGCUGCCGGCGUGCGUGCGCUGGAGCACCUUUGUGGGACGGGCCAGCUUAGACGACUUUGUAGUCCAUCUCCGUGGAGCGAUUGGUGCGCGAGGGCGAAGCGCCGCGACAGAUAGCUGUGCUCUGCCGCCGCUGUGGCCACAGCUGGGCCUUCUUUACCCCGGCACACUCGAAGACCGAUGCGCCGCCUUGCGCGAGCUUUUACGGCACGAGCAUGGUCUACGGGGGUUGCCUCGGGUCUCCGUAGCCGUAUGCGCCACUCCGCUCUUCUCGCUCGAGUACGACGCGGAGCUCAUCGUGAAGGACAGCGAUGCCAACGCGAAGCGAGUUUCACCUGGCACGGCAUCCGAGCUCACCAGCAUUCAAAUCUUGUGUGGGGAUUGCUAUGCGGACGUCGCUGCUGCUGCGCAGGUACACACGCCAUGGGCAGCACCACUCUGCAAAGCCGCUCCAGCACCUCUGCCGGCGGCCGCCACGGUAGCCCCACGCGGCAAAGGCGAUCAGGUGGACAAGGGUUCUGUGUGCUCCGACACGGGCAAUCGAACCCACGGCGCCACCAGCCCCGCGUUUGAUGCGCCGCAGUGCAUCUCGGUGGACGUACUCUCCAUCGGCGACUCCAUGUCGGCGAUGGGGUUCACCUCUGCGACAUGGACCGCCAGCACAGCGAAGUUCGUGGCUGAGCGCGGUGCCAGCGCCGCUCCUGCUGUGUUCGAGGGCGCGAACACACUCUCCGGCUACAGGCGAAUUCUCCGCUUCUGUGCGAAACGGCCGGUGUACAGGACAGCGUACCUGCCGCGGCGCAGCACGCUACAGGAGGCGCUUCAGCGUCUUCUUAUCACCAUGGCGGCCAGCGGGUCUGACGCGGACGACGUUGUUGACCGCGGCAAGCGAAGGGGAGACGGGUGGCCGAGUGCGGACACGGAGGAAGCAGCGACUCUGCGCGAGCAGCAGACGCGAACCGGUCCUGCACACCUCGGACGCUGCGGCACACUGAUGCUCAUUUUCCCCUUCAACGCCGGGGCCGCUGCUCUGCAAUCGCAAACAAGCGCCGCUGCCAAGAAAAUGCAACAGGCUCUCUUCUCUGCCGUGCAGGAGCACUGCCGUGAUUCGGCGCCACUGUCUGCGUGGAUGCCUGCUCACACCUCAUCCACGGAGGCGACCUUCUUCCACUCCUGGCCUCUGACGGCGCAGUGGCUGGUGCCUCACGGCAGCCCACUUCAUGUGUCGCUGACGCCGGUGGUCUGCGAAGAAGCAGCGACACCGCGGCGGCGCCAUGACGAAAAAGUGGCAGAGGACUCUUCAGGACAUGGCGCCGCCCAGUAUGAUCUGCACAUCUUCACCACGGCUUCCCCGUCAGCGUCGUCUGCGCCGGUGUGUAGCGGGACGGAGCCAUGCUCGUCACCGUCGGCCACGACUGUGGUGAUGCGGCUCCCUGCCAGCGCGGCGUGGCUUUCAACGGCGCACACUGCGAUGAGGAGGGCCUUGAUGCUCUCACGCCCUGAUCUGUUUGCGUAUCCUGGUAGCCGUGUCGCCGCAUCGAGUGCGCUUGGUGGGGAGGAGGACAGCGACGACACGGCAGGUGGGCACGGGCUGCUUGUGCGCUGUGCGACCUUCACGCAGGUGGUCGAGGCACUUCUCUUCACGACCACCUUUGGUGAGCCGGACGCGUUGGACACUGAGGACUUUCUCAAGGAGCUCUUCGGCCACAACGUGUACACGAAGAAACGCGGCGCAGUGACGGAGUUGUGGCUCAUCGUCGCGUCACGCAUGUCGCCUGUACGCCUGUGCACUGUGAACAUGAAUGAGGGCUAUCUCGGCGGAUCCACAGAGAGAAAGUGGUCAACGUUGCUGCAGUACGUAAUGGACGCAUCCUGUCCCGAAGCGAGGGCGACCGUGGAAGCGAUGCGGCACCUGCGAAGGCGUGUCGCGGCGCUGGCCACCGAGAAUGACAGUGGUCGUCCGCCGCCGCAAUGCCAACUUGCGUGCGAGUGGGUCCUCAGGCCUGCGGCUGCCAGCGAAAAGGAGCCCGUGGAGUGGGCUCAGGUGUUUGUGGCAGAGCUGGUGCGCAGUUCACCUGUGCCGUCGACGUCUGCUUCUGGCCCUCGGUGGUCAAAAAUAUCCAUGAGGCGGCAACGGCGAGGGGACGCCGCGGUGCAGUCGAGCGACGGUGCAACCUCCGCGAAGGUGCCGACGAGUGUGAUGCAUCGCGAGGAAGGCCCAGACAGCUUUGGUGUCUUGUGGAGGAUGCUGCACUCACUUGCCCUGCAACCUGCGGAGACAGCCAGCCUGCCCACCACGGCGUCCGGACAAGAGAUGUCCAGUGCGCCCAUUCCUUCGCCUGGUAGGUUCAUCAAGGCUGCCCAAAGGGCACUCGCGCGGCAGCGCGGUGUCGCACGUGUGACUCACCGCUACGACAAGGGACUAGGGGGCGUUGUUGUCGAAGGGUGGGAGCGACUGCGGCAAAACGGGAGUGAGGCGCCAUGUGAAACGCCGAUAACACUCGUGGCUGAGCCGAUGCCCCUGCACUGUGUCCCCAUGCACGUGAUGCAACUUUAUCAUCGCCUUCUCGUAGAGGCGCACGAGCUUCCUCGUAUCCAGGAGGCAGUGUGGGAGCGACUGGGGGCCGAGUGCGAGAAGACCUCGACGGAGACGAUCGUGCAGUCUUUAUGCGAGACUCUGGGCUGCACGCCUGCCGACCUUCAGAGCGUGGAGGCACGGUACAUGAAAGUGUGGACGGCCCGCCUCGAGCUCCCUCUUCGCGUUUUCGGGUUCUGUACUCCCGCGACGCCGUGGCCUCCUUCAUCUCCGUCUUCUCAACACCCCUGCUGCGACGCCCCGCACGCGCUGUACGUGUACUGCCAUCGCUCCUCAAAGAGACAAGCGAUACGGAGUGUUUACACUCUCCUCUACCAAUGGACUCGCUAUCCUCAGAUGGUGGCGCCGGUCAACGGCGCACAGUUUCGCGUUACAAGCGACAAGAGUGCCGUGUGGCCCAGCUGGAGUGCCGACUCUCCCUCGUCGCCGUCGGCGCCAUUGCCGUGCCCAGCGACCACUGCCGCAGCCGAACUUAGACCGCCAAGGAUGACGGAGUCGGCAGCGUGGGCAUCGGAGGCUUGCGCCGCACCGACGGCUCUGCGUGCGCCACAGACGCUGCGCUCCGUCCUCGACGCAGCCCACGCGCGCAUGGAAACAUCUCUCGGCGCACUCUUGGGUUGCAGGGUCGGCCGCGUGACACUGCGGCUGAGUCAGACGUUUGGGCUGCAGCUGACGUACGGCGUGGGUGCGGCGGGGGUGCAGGCGGAAGUCCCCGAGAUGGACUCUGUCCAGCUCCUGCGUGAGGCGUGGGUGCCGCUUGUGUGGGCCCCAGCGCAGAUUCUGAGCGCCGAGGUGUCGGUACUGCAGCGCCUCCUCACGCACUCGACCACCACCGUGGGCGUCGGCGACACCGACGAUAUGCGAAGCGUGCUGGGAGAGCUUGUUUUUCCCAAUGACCCAGCGCAGCGCGCGGCAUUGCAGAGCGGGCGUGAUGUGCGCGCGAAGGAGUUUUGCGUCUCGUUUUUCCGCCGCUACUUUGGCUGGCGCGUGUGCGAACGCGACGACGUCGAAGACAUCUCCGUUGGUGACGAUCAUGGCACCGUCGUGAUUGUGCAGAAAGCUGAACAGACACUAUUGUCCCGUGGCGGGCCGCACUGCACUCCAAAACGAUUCGCCUCCUCGCGUCGCAGAGGCGCAGCGCCGCACGGUGAGCUCAGAAGCGCGACGGCUACUCUCCAGUUGACGCAAAUCGUGCCCGGGGGCGCGACUUCCGUCCGGCUUGGGAGGAUACUUGUUGAGGUGACGGGUGCGACCCCCCAAGCCGCCUUGGACGCCCUCUGGGAGCCGUGCACCGCACAGAUCGAAUCCGUGUUCGGCGUGUCGUGCAGUAUGCCGCCACGCGAGGCGGACGAUCAAAUUUUGCACUUUAUGCAGUCGCAGCUGGAGUAA